UUACUGAUGAAGGUUGGUGGGUAAAGCGGCCUGUGCUCCACUCAGCCAGUUGGCCAUGGAGCUCCACCGGGUUGCGCUGCUCACGGUCUCCCUGCUCACACUGGUCGCACACGAGUGUUUGUGCAGGAAUGAGGAGGAGCGUCUGAUCAACCACCUGUUCAAAGAGAAAAAAUACAACAAGGAGUUAAGGCCCGUCCAGAAGCAGCAGGAUGUCGUUGACGUUUAUCUGGCCCUCACGCUCUCCAACCUCAUCUCUCUGAAAGAAGUUGAUGAGACGCUGUUGACAAACGUGUGGAUCGAUCAUACAUGGACCGACUACAGGCUGUCCUGGAACGCCUCGGAGUUCGACGGCAUUGAGAUGCUUCGCCUGCCGCCCAGCAUGGUCUGGCUACCAGAGAUCGUUCUGGAAAACAAGUAAAAUGAUUCAUUCAUUCAGUUUCAUGUUACAGUAGAUUCU